AGGUCUCCAGUCGGAACCUGGUGACUCUACGAGUGGACCCCAAUGGCUUCUUCCUGUACUGGACAGGCCCCAACAUGGAGGUGGACACGCUGGACAUCAGCUCCAUCAGGGACACCCGGACGGGCCGCUAUGCCCGCCUGCCCAAGGACCCCAAGAUGCGGGAAGUGCUGGGCUGGGGGGGUCCAGAUGCCCGGCUGGAGGAGAAGUUGAUCACGGUGGUGGCCGGGCCAGACCCGGUGAACACGACGUUCCUGAACUUCAUGGCGGUGCAGGAUGACACAGCUAAGGUGUGGGCUGACGAGCUGUUUAAGCUGGCUGUGAACAUAUUGGCUCAGAAUGCUUCUCGGAACACUUUCCUGCGCAAAGCGUACACCAAGCUGAAGCUGCAGGUGAACCAGGAUGGGCGGAUUCCAGUCAAGAACAUCUUGAAGAUGUUCUCUGCCGACAAGAAGCGAGUGGAGACGGCUCUGGAGUCCUGUGGCCUCAAUUUCAACCGGAGUGAGUCCAUCCGGCCCGACGAGUUCUCCUUGGACAUCUUUGAGCGGUUCUUGAACAAACUAUGUCUGCGGCCGGACAUUGACAAGAUCCUGCUGGAGAUAGGCGCCAAGGGGAAGCCGUACCUGACGCUGGAACAGCUCAUGGACUUCAUCAACCAGAAGCAGCGUGACCCCAGGCUCAAUGAGGUGCUGUAUCCGCCGCUGCGGCCCUCGCAGGCCCGGCUGCUCGUGGAGAAGUACGAGCCCAACCAGCAGUUCCUGGAACGAGACCAGAUGUCCAUGGAGGGCUUCAGCCGCUACCUGGGUGGCGAGGAGAACGGCAUCCUGCCCCUGGAGGCCCUGGACCUGAGUGCAGACAUGACCCAGCCACUGAGCUCCUACUUCAUCAAUUCCUCACACAACACCUAUCUCACAGCGGGGCAGCUGGCGGGGACCUCGUCGGUGGAGAUGUACCGCCAGGCCCUGCUGUGGGGCUGCCGCUGCGUGGAGCUGGACGUGUGGAAGGGGCGGCCCCCCGAGGAGGAGCCCUUCAUCACGCACGGCUUCACCAUGACCACGGAGGUGCCCCUGCGCGACGUGCUCGAGGCCAUCGCCGAGACCGCCUUUAAGACCUCGCCCUACCCCGUCAUCCUCUCCUUCGAGAACCACGUGGACUCGGCCAAGCAGCAGGCCAAGAUGGCCGAGUACUGCCGCGCCAUCUUUGGGGAUGCGCUGCUCAUCGACCCGCUGGACAAGUACCCGCUGGCCCCAGGCGUCCCCCUGCCCAGCCCCCAGGACCUGAUGGGCCGCAUCCUGGUGAAGAACAAGAAGCGGCACCAACCCAGCGGCGGCGUCCCCGGCAGCUCUGUGCGCAAACGGCCGCUGGAGCAGAGCAGCUCGGUGCUGAGCGAGGGCUCUCUCCCCCGUGAGCCCUCCUCACCCCCGCUCGGGUCCCCCAGCUCCGACAGCACUCCAGGCCUGAGCAAUGGGGAGGAGGCGGGGCCCGAGAGGCUCUGCCUGGAGCCUCGGAAGUCUCUGGGGGAGGAGGGGCCACGCCGGACCGCAGAUGCCCUUGGGCCUACUGACCGGGAGGACGAGGAGGAAGAUGAAGAAGAGGAGGAGCAGGCGGACCCCAAAAAGCCAACCACAGAUGAGGGCACAGCCAGCAGUGAGGUCAACGCCACGGAGGAAAUGUCCACCCUUGUCAACUACAUCGAGCCUGUCAAGUUCAAGUCCUUUGAGGCUGCCCGAAAGAGGAACAAGUGCUUCGAGAUGUCCUCCUUCGUGGAGACCAAGGCGCUGGAGCAGCUCACGAAGAGCCCCAUGGAGUUUGUGGAAUACAACAAGCAGCAGCUCAGCCGCAUCUACCCCAAGGGCACCCGAGUGGACUCUUCCAACUACAUGCCUCAGCUCUUCUGGAACGUGGGCUGCCAGCUCGUUGCCCUCAACUUCCAGACCCUGGAUGUGGCGAUGCAGCUCAACGCAGGUGUGUUUGAAUACAACGGGCGCAGUGGCUACCUGCUGAAGCCCGAGUUCAUGCGGCGGCCAGACAAGUCCUUCGACCCCUUCACCGAGGUCAUCGUCGAUGGCAUCGUUGCCAACGCCUUGCGGGUCAAGGUGAUCUCGGGGCAGUUCCUGUCCGACAGGAAGGUGGGCAUCUACGUGGAGGUGGACAUGUUUGGCCUGCCGGUGGACACACGGCGCAAGUACCGCACUCGGACCUCGCAGGGGAACUCCUUCAACCCGGUGUGGGAGGAGGAGCCCUUUGACUUCCCCAAGGUGGUGCUGCCCACUCUGGCUUCCCUGCGCAUUGCCGCCUUUGAGGAGGGCGGCAAGUUCGUGGGGCACCGGAUCCUGCCCGUGGCUGCCAUCCGCUCAGGGUACCACUACGUCUGCCUGCGGAAUGAAGCCAACCAGCCCCUGUGCCUGCCCGCCUUGCUGGUCUACACAGAGGCCUCUGACUACAUCCCUGAUGACCACCAGGACUACGCGGAGGCCCUGAUCAACCCCAUCAAGCACGUCAGCCUGAUGGACCAGAGAGCCAAGCAGCUGGCCGCCCUCAUUGGCGAGAGCGAGGCCCAGGCUGGCCCUGAGACCAAUCAGGAGCCGCAGUCUCAGCCGCUGGGGACUCUGCUGCCCUCAAAUGCCACACCCUGCUUGCUAGACUCUGCCUCCCCUCGCCGGACGCCAGGCCCUCCCACCUCCCCCGCCAGCCCCUCCCUCAGCAGUCCAGGCCAGCGGGAUGACCUCAUCGCCAGCAUCCUCUCAGAGGAGGUCCCGGCCCCGCUGGACCAACUCCGCACCCACAAGGCGAUGGUGAAGCUGCGCAGCCGCCAGGAGCGCGACCUUCGCGAGCUGCUCAAGAAGCAGCAGAGGAAGAUGCUGGCGGCCACCCGCCGCGCCCUCACCAGCCUGAGCCAGGCGCGCGCUGAGGGCAGGGGCCGGCGCCGAACAGGGGCCGCGGAGGACGAGGAGGAUGCUGAGGAGGCCAGGCGGUACCAGGAGUUCCAGGAGAGGCAUGUGCAGAGCUUGCUGGAGCUGCGGGAGGCCCAGGUGGACGUCGAGGCGGAGCGGAGGCAGGAGCACCUGAGACAGGCGCAGCACCGGUUCCGGGAGGUGGUCCUGGACACACACGCGGCUCAGCUCAAGAAGCUGAAGGAGCUGAACGAGCGGGAGAAGAAGGAACUGCAGAAGAUCCUGGACCGCAAACGCCACAACAGUAUCUCGGAGGCCAAGACCAGGGAGAAAUACAAGAAAGAAGUGGAACUGACAGAGAUUAACCGGCGGCACAUCACGGAGUCAGUCAACUCCAUCCGCAGGCUGGAAGAGGCCCAGAAGCAGCGGCAGGAGUGCCUGGUGGCCGGGCAGCAACAGGUCCUACAGCUGCUGGCCGAGGAGGAGCCCAAGCUGCUGGCCCAGCUGGUCCAGGAGUGUCAGGCACAGCGGGAGAGGCUGCCCCAGGAGGUCCGCUGGAGCCUUCUGGGCGAGACUUCGGAGGGGCUGCUGGGGGAUGGGCAUCUGGUGGCCUGUGCCAGCAAUGGCCACGCCCCCGGGAGUAGCAGCCAGCUGUCCGGUGCCGAGUCAGAGAGCCAGGAGGAGAACACGAAGCUCUGAGCUGGGCAAGAGGUGGCCGCAGGGCCAGGGUGGUGACUCAGGAGGCUAAGACACUAAUGCUUGUUUAUUUUUAAUGUUUUAUCUUUAGAAAUUUUAUUUUUUUAAACUUGGGGCAAGCCCCCCCACCCACACUAAC